AUGGAUGAGACGACAGGGCGUGUCCGGCGUUGGUCACGAGGAACGAAUCAGAGAGGUCAAGUUCGAAAAUCACCUGGACGUCGCCCGACCAGAACAAGGUCACCCACCCAUCUCCCGAAACAACCAAAGUGCGAAGCUCAGCGAAUAGCCCAGUCAGCAACCAUCUCCCUAAACAACCAAACAGCGAAGCUCAGCGAAUAG